AUGGCGGCGGCGGAGGGGGAGGCCGGCGGGGCCGCCAAGCCCCUGUUUGCAGGCCUUGCAGAUGUGUCGGUACCUGAAGAUAUUCCAGUGGAAGGAGACAUCACUGUCCCUGUGGGAUCUGGCUCCCCCGACGAAGACUACUCCACACUCGAUGAGCCAGUUAAAGACACCAUCAUGCGAGAUCUGAAAGCGGUUGGGAAGAAAUUUGUCCACGUCAUGUAUCCUAAAAAGAGCAGCGCCCUCUUAAGAGACUGGGAUUUAUGGGGACCUUUAAUUCUGUGUGUAUUGCUUGCGCUAAUGCUUCAGGGAAGAUCAGCGAACAGCACCGAAGACAAAGGGCCUCAGUUUGCAGAAGUCUUCGUGAUCAUUUGGUUUGGUGCCGUUGUCAUAACGUUGAAUUCCAAGCUGCUGGGAGGAACCAUAUCUUUCUUUCAGAGCCUUUGUGUCCUGGGCUACUGCAUCCUGCCAUUGACAGUGGCUCUGCUGGUGUGCAGACUGGUGCUUCUAGCAAGUUCCGGAACCAUUGGCUUCAUUGUGCGCCUUCUAGUGGUGAUGGCGAUGUUUGGCUGGUCAACGUUAGCCUCCACAGCCUUCUUGGCCGACAGCCAGCCCCCAAAUCGGAAGGCCCUUGUCGUGUACCCCAUCUUCCUGUUCUAUUUCGUCAUCAGCUGGAUGAUCCUCACCUUUGCACCCUAGGGAGGGCUCAGGAGCAAAGACUGCAGAACUAGGAAAGUGGUUUUGUGACUGCUGCACUUGGUGGUUGGGUCUGUCCUCAGGUGGUCCUAAGUGAUAUAUAUAAUAGGUGUUGUGGAAUAGCAGACAAGUUACGGCAUAAAGCCCAGGAGGCCAGUGAAUGAUCACUCGCAUAUUCCUUGUUCUUCCAUGAAGCAGAUUCUUGAGUGAUGCUGACAUCUCUCUACACGACAUUUGUUUUGUCCUCCUGCUAUAGCAAAUGCCCACCAGGGGGCAGGCCUACCCUACUUGAAGUGUGCUGCAGCUUGGGAACAGUUUCAUUGGGCCAAUGAAGAAUGUUGAUCAAGGAUGACCUUCAAUGCCAAGUUUAUCGGCUUCCUGGAAUUUCAGAUCACCUUUGAAUUUUUGCAUUCCGUAAAACACUGUCUUACAACUUUUUAAGUAAGAACAUUUCAAUGCAAAGCAAAGAAUUUUCAUGCAAAGCAGAGAAAAUUGUCUGGAGUUGGUUAGAAGACAUCGCUUGUUAUUUCACCCAUUUUUUAGUUCUUCGCCAAAAAUGUUUGGUUUUACUUGAUGCUCAGCCACACCGGGAGAGUUUGCUUCAGAAAGUCAAGAACACAGCCUGGACUUCAUGCAUUUAAUGUUUCAACUCCUGCAAGCGCAUGGGAACAUUUGCCAAGUGCCUCGAUCACAUUAACGUAGCAUUUUGUCUUGGGGAAGGGAAGGUGUUGGAAUGUUUAUAUCGGGUGCAGAUCUGCAGCCAGCUGGAGGCUUUGCUGGGGGAGACCCCUGUCUGUCAGGAGGCCUUGCUCAAGGGCAUAGGAAUCUCACACUGGAAACCCCAAGAGCUUUGGGGGGAAUAGAGUCUCCGUCUUUAUCAAAGCUGUUGGCUUCUUGGACCGAAGAUGCAACUGAGUGGGGGCUUCACACCAAUGAGCUGGUCUUUCUGACAUAAAUGCAUUUGUUCAGGUCUGUGUCUUUUGGGCUCUGUUAAGUGGAAGAUGACCUCUGUAACUGCUGGAAGAAACUGCAGAUGUAUGGUUUUUAUCAACCAAGGAAGGAUAUAUAAAUUAUUUAAACAUUAA